AUCGUAAAUACCCUGAAUAUUCACAAUUAGGUUUAUUUUAAGAACAACGUUUCUUGGAAAGAUUCAGGUGAUUGGGGUCUUCAUACAUAUGUAACGCAACUAAGCUUAGCUGUGUUUAUACCUUUGGUGUCGGGUAAAGAUAUAUUUCGGCUUUAAGAACCUUGGAUUAAGAGACAAAACAUGGGGGCAAAUCAUGGAAGGCAAUUUCACGUUCACAUGUUCGAAGAAGACAUUCAAAUGAUGAAAGAGCUAGUGAAGCUUCACCCGGAAAAAGAGACAGGCGGCAAUCUGUUUGGUUUGUGGAAUAACGACGAAGAACCAGUCUUGCACGUUGUGCUUGGUCCUGCCAUUGGCUGCACUCGCACAGAGGUGUCGUUCUACCAGAGCAUUCCCUAUUUAGAGCGUGUUGGAAGGCUGCUAACCGAGCGGUUUCUCCUUUGUCACAUCGGAGAGUGGCAUUCCCACCACAAAUUGCGUUUAUCAGAGCCGAGCUCAGGAGAUUCUUCGACCGUUAUUCGGAACUUUCCUAGAGGAGCGCGUGGGUUUAUCCUGAUCAUAGCCAAUAUUCUUCCAUCUGGAGAUGUCACACUUUCGCCUUACCUUUACAGACAAGGACAGACUACCUACGAAAAAGGAUUGAUCAUACGACUUGGCAGUCCAUGUAGCCCCUUCAGGAAAAUAGAUAUCAUAAAGGAAAAUAUUGAGAAAGACGAAGAUAGGAGUACCACUGCUCAUGAACGCAAGAGGACACCUAAAAAUUGGGGAUCGGAACAACCGCCUGGCAACGAAAGCUACGAGAACAAAGCAUACGCUUACAUGUUUGAAGAAGACAAAGAGAUGAUUGAGAAGAAGCUGUUACAAUCUAAAGGGAAUGAAAUGGAGGGAGAAUUGCUUGGUUUAUGGACGAGUCGCGGCAUGCCUGUCUUGCAUCUGGUCCAAGAACCUAACAGCAAGAGCGGAACCUACAACUUGCAAACCCGAGGAAACUUGGCUCAAGAUAACCCCUUAGGAAAAUAUAUUCUUAACCCAGGAGAGUGUGAGAGACCAUCUGACAAAGACUCGAGCUACAUGCAUCGAGAGUAUCCCGACGGAGGUCUUUUAAUUCUGGUUUACAAGGUAGACAAUGAAUCAGUUGCUAUCCAUCCACACCUUUAUAAAAAAGGCUCCGCAGAUUUUGAGUCACUUGAAAUGCAUUACCUGCAAGGUCGCAACGUAUUUAGUCAAAGAAUGAAUGAUAACACUGAAAAAGAAGAAAAAGAAAGCGGAAUAGCGGAGUUAGAAGUCGAUGAUCCUAAUGCUCGUGGUAGUCCAACCUUUCAACAACACAAACAGACACGUAUCUAAAGAAUGCAGCCAUUUCAAUAUCGAGUGUCCCAUAUUUCUUUUAAUUCAGCAAGACACCGGCCAAACCUGAAAAUUUUUACGUAAAUGAAAAUAUACAGCGUGAGGUCGCCUCGUUGAUACUUUAAAGUAAAUAAUAAACAGCCUUUACUUAUCUGGUCGUUGGCUCUCUGUAAGAAAUUUAGUUCAAGAUUCAAGUGCAGAACUUGAUACAACAAUCUUUUUACGGUAUCAUUUAGUCAUACCUAACCGCUUUGUCAUCUCGCUAAGGCUAGGGAUGAGUGUAGAAUUUCGCUUUUGAGUAAUUCGUCAGGACUACCUGACCGACUGUUUUGCACUCGAUUAAGACUGAAAACUUAAAUAGAUUAUAAGAAUCUAUUCUUAAGACAUUUCUGUCGAUAUCCUUCUAAGAAGAGUAACGAUUAUUUUCAUUCCCAAGCGAAAUUUAGCUUCAAGAAAGUAACAAGGACCAGCCAGACGUUUUCUCUAACAAUAAAUAACUCAAAUUUUUUAUUUUCGUACGAAAACGUAAUAAACAUUCUGAAGAAUUCUAGGUUAUAUUUCUAUUAUAUUUUGGGGAGCAUAAAAUAACUUAAAACAUUUGUCGUAUUCAAACCGUUCCUCGCCAGAAUAUUCUUGCAAUCGCUACAGAAUGGGUUUACAAAUCCAAAAUUGUAUCAAGCUGUAGAAGCCUUAAAAUGUCUAUGUAGAUUUUAAAUAAGUUGCACUUUAAAACACAAUGUUUCUAGGAAUAUGUCGACGCAAAUACGCAUGCGCAGAGAUUUCCGCUUUCACAUCUUGCGUGCGUUGAAACAACAAACUCGGUCUCGAAGGCGGUUAGCCUCUGUAGGAUUUCAAGUAUAGCACUUCUUGCUUUCGAAGAUUCUUCAUGGAAGGCAGGGAGAAGUUUCCACCUAGGAGGCUAGCAGACUCCGGGUUUGAAAGUUCACAGCGGACGGAGGGAAGGGCAACUGCACGCCAUCAGCCGGUCAAUUACAGCAAUCGACGCCAAGAUAAUUCUUCCCAAGAACGUUUCGGUAGGAUCCCUUCAACACAGCAGCAGCCAGUUAACUACAACAAUAGACGUCAAGACGAUUCGGCGCAAGAAAAGUUAGAAUUUGAUAAAGACACUGGGAAACUCGUAGUUUGCAGGAAUCCACAAGCACCACAAGCAGCUUCUGUUCACGAAAGUGCCGUGGCUGUUCUCGAAGUCCGAGCACCAGUUCCAGAUCGACCGGUUGUGGAUGCCAUGGCUGCUCAAGGAUUUUUCUAUUUGAAGAUGAUGAAUGUUUUUUAAACGCAGCUAGGAACUACUAGUCAGAAAUCAGGGUUGCCUUCAUGGUAUGAAGUAUCCACAGUAGCAGCAGAAUUAGGCAUGUGUCAUGUAGACUAUUUAGUGCAAAACUUAGUGCUGAGAUAAUUUGUCAAAAGGCAGAUUGUAAUUUUGUGCCCGCCUUUCAACGUACCCUGCAUAAAAGCGUAUUGAACCAAAUUGAACGGAAACUUGAUGUGCUUUGCUAGAACGUAACGCUGUGCAAUGGCAAAGCGAUGCUUUUUAAUUUUCUGCAAAAUUGUAAACAGCUCUACUCCCCAGGCUUUUUAAGUGUUGUAAAGUGUACUAGAGCAUACUGAUCUGAAGGAUGCGCUAUAUAAAUGCUUCAUUUAUUGAAUUAAAGAAAAUUGCUGCGAAGUUCUUGCA